AUGAAUUAUAAUCUCUUAGUUCUCAAGUGGAUUUCGCAACUCAAACAACCCUACGACCAAAGCCAGGACCUAAUACGAACGUAUAUCGCCUACGCGCCCUCUUACCUCGUUAUUGAUGCCAGUGUGUCCAAGGAUCCCAAGGACGAUACUGGGAUCACGCAGUGGGCGCUGGGGCUCGAUCGGAUCAUGGACGUUUUAGCAACGUUGCAUGCAGGCUCCCAGCUCGAGCUGGAGACCGUGUUGACGCUCACCAAGGCACUGUCCGAGUCCUGGAGCAACAGUUUUGGGAUAAACAACACGGAGAGUGCGCAGGAAAAGAUCAUGGGGAUUGUGGCCCGACUGAGGAAAUUAUUGGAUGAGCCCGAUUCGGAGAUCGCCACCUGCACUUUCAAGUCGCACCCUGUUGCCCUCGAUUUUCUUAACACGUUGAACUCUCCCGCUGAGGCGCCGCCUGCAACGAGGCUCUCGAAUAUUGUGCGAGACCGUGAAGGUCAGUCGGAAAUGGCAACUAUGGACCAUGGAAUGUACCACAAUCUGCGACAGUGGGCCUUUGGUUUUGUGUUUGCAUGUGCCGCAGUCACCAUAGGGUUGGAGGCGAGCUUGGCUGCGUCUUUGCUACCCUAUGAUAGUGAUUUCGUAAUAUUUGGCCUGGCCGUUUCAUCUGCCACUAUACUCGCCGUGCUUGCAGU